CUAAUAUAGUAAUGUUACAAUUAUUAUAUUAUUGCAUAAAUUAUUAUAAUAGUUGAGUUUCAAUUUUUAAUAUUAUAAUUUAAAUAUUUCUAUUGUGCUUUGUGCUUAUUAUAAUAAAUAAUUUAUUUUAGACAAAACUAUUUCUACGUCUUAAUUCACGAUUUGCUAUUACUGAAUUUGAGCUAAGUAAUAGCUACUAGCACGACUUAAAUUCGUUCUUCCAAGAAUCCAGGCUCAAUUUAUAAUCACUCGUUGGUACGUUUCUUAAUUCACUUUAUUUAUUUUUAAAAACCUAAAACACAAUUUAUUCUUUAGUAUCGAUUUCCAACUUAAUCGCUCUCUUAAAUGGCCUUUGAAAUUAAAAAUUCUGGUAAGCCAAGACAAGUGAGGGGUACUACUGCAUACAAAUAUCGAAAUUUGUAUGCGUUUGGUGUAUUGGCUGUCAGUGGACUUUCUUGGUGGCUGUUUGAACAAUUACCAUCUACAAAGAUACUAAAUGAAAAAAUCAAAAAUGGUUAUUGGGAUCGUACACCUGAAGAAAAUUAUAGAUUAGAAAUGAUCAAAAAAAAUUUAAAUCCUGAAAUAAAAAAUCUGAAGGAUAGAAAAGAUGAAAUUAUGUCGAAAAAAGAAGAUUUUAUACCAAUAAAGAUAUAAUAUUGUA